GAAUUUCUCCACGAAUCAUUAUCACUCAAUUCUGCAAGUGGUUCUGAUUUACUAUCGCUGUUCUCUAGCUGGUCUAAAACCGCUUUUGACCUAAAGGGGCGCUUUUUGGACGCCAUGGACUUUUCUCAGUUUCCAGGCAGAAAGAACAGUAAAAAUGCAGGCAGGGCACAAGACAAAGCACUAGGGAUAAAAUGUGAAAUGGUUUGAUACAGUAAUGUUUUACUAUGUGAUUUUAUUAUUAUUAUUAUACAGUAUUUUUUUAAAAUUUUUGAAUUUCCCACCGGUUCUAUCCCCGUACGUUCUGUAUGUCCCGACGCUCGCAGGGAACAGAACCUGGAAGACGGAUGCCAGCAAUGGCCGGAGGAGAUGGCCGGGGAUGCUGCAGGGGGGACA